UGUUGAAAGUUGAAACAACCAGAGUUGUUGUUGUGGGUGAGGCAAAAUGAUGCUGAAGAGAGCAAUUCAAAGCUUGAAAGGAUUCAUAUCAUCAACAAGAAGAAGUGAUGAUAUUCACAUGAAAUGGAAACACUUAGUUGGCAAUUGUGUCAGAAACAUGAGCAGCAUCGAAACUGAAAGAACAACAACCUCGUACUCUGUCCCAAAGGAGAAAGUGGAUUGCAUAGUGAUUGGUGCUGGUGUUGUUGGCAUAGCAGUGGCAAGAGCCCUAGCACACAAGGGUAGGGAAGUCUUGGUCAUAGAAUCAGCUCCUACUUUUGGCACAGGCACAAGUUCUCGAAACAGUGAAGUUAUUCAUGCUGGAAUCUAUUACCCUCGCAAUUCUUUCAAGGCCAUUUUUUGUGUAAGAGGAAGAGAUAUGUUAUAUGAGUAUUGCUCCAAGCAUGAUAUUCCUCAUAAACAAAUUGGUAAGCUUAUAGUGGCAACCCGAUCUUCCGAGAUUCCUAAGCUAAAUGAUAUCUUAAACCGAGGGAUUCAAAAUGGGGUUCAUGGUUUGAAGAUGAUGGAUGGUGUUGAGGCCAUGAAAAUGGAACCUGAAUUGCAAUGCGUGAAAGCAAUACUAUCCCCUCUCUCUGGGAUUGUUGAUUCCCACUCUUUAAUGCUUUCUUUGGUGGGGGAAGCUGAAAAUCAUGGAACUACCUUCACAUACAAUUCAACUGUCAUUGGUGGCCAUCUUGAAGGAAAUGAGAUUUGUCUCCAUAUAUCAGAAACCAAGUAUCUUAAAGAAUGGGAUGGGACAUCAAUUUUGUACCCACAACUAGUACUAAUUCCUAAACUCUUAGUGAACUCUGCAGGGCUAAGUGCCCCUGCUCUUGCAAAAAGAUUUACUGGCCUACAAAGUGGAGUUAUUCCUCCUUCCUACUAUGCACGUGGUUGCUACUUCGCGUUAUCUAAUACAAAAGCCACUCCUUUCAGACAUUUGAUAUACCCUAUACCAGAAGAUGGUGGCCUUGGAGUGCAUGUUACUGUAGACUUGAAUGGUCAGGUCAAGUUUGGCCCAGAUGUUGAAUGGAUCGACGGUGUUGAUGAUAUCUCAAGCUUUCAGAAUAAGUUUGAUUAUUCGGUAUGUGCUAAUCGUGCUGAGAGGUUUUAUCCAGAGAUAAGGAAGUACUAUCCAAAUCUGAAGGACGGGUCUCUAGAACCAGGAUACUCAGGGAUCCGACCUAAACUUUCAGGACCCCAUCAAUUGCCUGUUGAUUUUGUAAUACAGGGAGAGGACAUUCAUGGGGUACCUGGUCUUAUUAAUCUUUUUGGAAUUGAGUCACCUGGUUUAACAUCAAGCAUGGCAAUUGCUGAUUUUAUUUCUACUAGAUUUUGGUCAUGAUGCAGUAACUUGCAGAUGCUUGACGCCACUGAAAACCAAAUUGUUGUUAAACAUUAAAAAAUCAUGUACAAUGUGAUAAAAUCUACAUAAAAAAUCUAGUUAGUUAUGGAACAAUGCAGCAAAAAUUGUACACAAUUGUUCUUGUGGCCUUUUCUAUAGCUACCUACUUGAUGAGUGUCCUAUUUCAGCUUUUUGGGAUCAAUGAUUGUACAGCAGCAGUUGUG